AUGGUUCUUGUAGAAAACGAUGCUUUUUUAACUCAACUCACCUAUCUUUACAACAAAACGCGAACGUCAGGAACUGUCUGGGUUACUAUGAAAGCAUAUAAUGGCAGAACGAAACCGAUACCCAAGGGGAAAAAGAAGGAUAAAAGUGCGUUACUUGAGAUGGAAGGGGGUGAGAGUAAAUGCCUUGUUAGAGCAACUAAUGGGAAAACAAAAAUUAGCACUAUUGUAAAUUCAAAAGAUGUAAACAGAUUUCAACAGGCUUACACAAAUGUGUUAAAAGGAAGUCUUGAUAAUUUAAAAAAGAGAGAACGAAAAACGGCAAAAACUAAAAAGGCAAAAGCUACUCAGUGA